AGUAAUCCCAGCUUUAAAGACAACAUAAGCGGCAGUGGAAGCGGAACGAAAAACAAAGGUUCCUCCUGAGCACCCGGAAUAUAUCCCAGCGGACCAACCCACCCGGAUGUUACGCGUUCUCUUCGUUCAUGUGGUUCAUGUUGACAACAAGAAGUGUCUGAACAUUAUUAAAAGAAAGGAUUCACAUUAACAAGCUUCAAAUACAACAUGUCGGACAACGAAGACAACUUCGAUGACGGAGAUUUUGAUGAUGGCGAAGAGGAUGACGGAUUAGAUGACCUGGAAAACGCGGAAGAUGAAGACCAGGAGAACGUGCAGAUCCUCCCCGCAGGAGAGGGAACGCAGGCCAACAUGAAGAGGAUCACAACUCCGUACAUGACCAAAUAUGAGAGAGCCAGAGUGCUUGGGACACGAGCUCUGCAGAUAGCGAUGUGCGCUCCAGUCAUGGUGGAGCUGGAGGGAGAAACAGACCCGUUGCAGAUAGCUAUGAAAGAGCUCAAAGGCAGGAAGAUCCCCAUCAUCAUCCGCAGGUACCUGCCCGAUGCGAGUUAUGAGGACUGGGGCUGUGACGAGCUCAUCAUCACCGAUUAAACUCGUGACAGAUGAAAGAAAAAGUGCUGUCAUCGCAUCAGGUCAGUCCGCUGCACAAACCCAGGAGAUUCUCGAGGCUGAUGCAGGUAUCACCACCUCAGGUCCCUCUAAACCGGGGAAACAGGAACACAUCGAAAGUACUGAAGAGACACUAGAGGACUCGGACAGUGUGUCGCCUCAGGUUUUCUGAUCAUGUGAUCUGACCUGUAUCGUUCUCGGUCCUGUUUUUUUUCUCACACCUCACAAGUUAAAUUCAAAGUUUGUCGACUUGUUUUAUUUCUUUAACAUCUGCAUUAUAACUUGGAGCCACUAGGGGGAAAUGUAACGUAAGGCAAACUUUUACUUUGUGUUACAAAAUCAACCUGUGUUGUAAUUAUUCAAUCUGUGUUUUGAAGGAGAGAGGAUUAGUGUAAAAGAACUGUUUUAUUCUUGUUAAUAAUAAACCCUUUUUGUAUAAA